GGCCCGAGGGGCGCGGCGCCACCGCAGCCCCGGCCCCAUCUCCGUCUGCCGGCGGCGCGGGGAGCACUGCCUCGCUCUGCCCUGCCCGGUGCCCAGUGCGCGGCCGGUGCCAGCGCCGCCUCCGGGAGCGCCCGACCCCUCGCUCAGGUGACGGCUGGCCGCCGGCAGCGGCGCGGCUGAGCGGCCCGGCUCUCCUUUCGCCUCCUCUCGCCUCUCCUCGCCUCCGCGGAAUGCUGGGCGGCUCCGCAGCGGCUCCGGGGAUGCUGCCGCGGCCGCCGCCGCUCGCCGCCCGCUGAGCCGCUGCGAGGGGCGCGGCGGGGCUGCCGCCGGGCGGGAGGGCGGCAUGGCUCCCACCCUGCUCCAGAAGCUCUUCAACAAAAGGGGCGGUGGCGCGACAGCCCCCCACGGCCGGGCUCCGGGGGAGGGGCCCGCCUUCAGCUGGUCCUCUUUGGAGUUGGACUUGAAUGAAAUCCGCCUGAUAGUUUACCAAGACUGUGAGAGGAGAGGCAGACAGGUCUUGUUUGAUUCCAAAGCAGUCCGCAAAAUUGAUGAAGCUGUGGUUCAGAAAAUGGCAGAUGAGGCUUCUGUAAAGACUUCUGCCAAGAACUGCCAAGCAAGCAAUGGGAACAGUGUUUCUUCCCAUAGUCCCUCUGUAAGCUGUAUGCAAAAUAUCAAAGAACAGAUACCGAAGUAUCAGUACACCAGACCAGCCUCCGAUGUCAAUAUGCUGGGAGAAAUGAUGUUUGGCUCAGUGGCAAUGAGUUACAAAGGCUCCACCUUGAAAAUUCACUACAUACGCUCUCCCCCACAGCUGAUGAUAAGUAAAGUCUUCUCAGCCAGGGUAGGAAGCUUCAGUGGAAGCAACAAUAACUUGCAAGAUAGCUUUGAAUGCAUCAACCAGGAUCCCAGUCUGGGAAAACUGAGCUCCAAUCAGAAUGGUUUGGGAACCUGUCGCAGUGGAAGUAAUUUAGGUGUGUUACAGCUGUGUAGCAGCAAACUGCUGCAGGGUGUGUCUGAAGGAGGUCCCCUCCGGCUCAUCCGCAGUGCUUCUUUCUUUGCAGCACACAGCACACCUGUUGAUAUGCCUAGCAGAGGACAAAACGAGGACAGAGACAGCGGCAUUGCUCGGUCAGCAUCUCUGAGCAGUCUUCUGGUUACUCCUUUGCCAUCUCCAAGCUCUUCAUCAUCAUCUUCUAGCAGCUAUCAACGUCGCUGGCUCCGAAGUCAGACAACCAGUUUAGAGAAUGGAAUUGUUCCAAGACGGUCCACUGAAGAAAUGUUUAGUAUGGCUGAUGAAAGCUGCAGCUCCAAUCCUGCAAUGGUUCGGAGGAAAAAAAUUGCAAUCAGCAUCAUCUUUUCUCUGCCUGAAAAAGAAGAAGCUCAGAGAAACUUCCAGGAUUUCUUUUUCUCUCACUUUCCUCUUUUUGAGUCUCACAUGAACAAGCUGAAAUAUGCAAUAGAAAAGGCCAUGAUCUCAUGUAGAAAAAUAGCAGAAUCCAGCCAGAGAGUGCAGGUUUAUAUCAGCCGUGUCAUGGAUGCCCUGGGAGAAUUCAGAGUUACCAUCUGGAACCUAUAUUCUGUUCCAAGGAUUGCAGAGCCUGUGUGGCUUAAUAUGAUGUCCAGCACCCUGGAAAAGAAUCAGCUAUGCCAGCGUUUUCUUAAAGAAUUUACCUUUCUGAUAGAACAGAUCAACAAAAAUCAGUUCUUUGCUGCUUUGCUGACUGCAGUGCUGACAUAUCACCUGGCGUGGGUCCCCACAGUGAUGCCCGUUGACCAUCCUCCCAUCAAGGCCUUCUCUGAGAAGCGCACAUCCCAGUCUGUCAACAUGCUGGCAAAAUCCCACCCAUAUAACCCUCUCUGGGCACAGCUGGGUGAUCUCUACGGUGCCAUAGGCUCUCCAGUUAGACUGACUCGGACUGUGAUUGUUGGGAAGCGCAAGGAGCUGGUGCAGCGCUUGCUCUACGUUCUAACUUACUUCAUCCGGUGCUCUGAGCUGCAGGAAAAUCAGCUGACCUGGAGUGAGAAGGCUGGGGAAGGAGAGCAGGUGCUAAAUGGAAGCAAGAUCACAACUGCACUAGAAAAGGGAGAGGUAGAGGAAUCUGAUUAUGUGGUUGUCACUGUUAAAAAUGACCCUGCUCUUGUGCCUCCAAUCCUACCUCCAAAGAAUGAUGGAAGUAAGAACAACAGUACUGCAGAGUGGGUGCAAGAAUCAGAAAGCACUCAGGCUGUCCCAGUCUCUUCAAAAGAAAAGAGGGAAGCAAUAGAAAAGGCAAGUCAGACAUCUGAAACAUCUGUUGACUGUCUAACUGGCAGUUUCUGUAAAGGAGCAUCUGAUGGUAAGAAAAGAACUGUCACUGAUAUGGGAAUCCUAUCCUACCACUCUGAAGAAUCAUCUAAAUUAGAGGAUGUAAUGGAUACAAAGAAGAACAAGAACCAGAAUGAGAGAAAAGCAGAGAAGCAGUUUUCUAGUAGGUCAUCUGCUGUACCUUGUCCUGAAAGGUCUGGCCACAGGACUUCACACUUAGAAAAGGUCACGUUUCAGAUUGGAAGUUCAGCAUCACCAGAGUCAGACUUAGAAACUCAUAGAAGAGAAAUGGAAGAAAAUCUGAAGACGUUAAUUAAACAUCCUGAGGUGAUACAUUGUGCCUCAAGUUCCACAAGUCUGACUGUGGAUGCUUCUCAGAAUCAAGAUAGUUGUGAAGCUGCCUUUAUCAACAAACAUAAUGUUUGUUAUGCACAAAUCCCACCGUGUGAGGAGAAGGAAGGUAUACUUAACCAACAUAUGGAAAGUAAAGGAACUGAAGUGAAUUUAAUUAAUUCAAUAUCUAGUGAAAUGCUUUUGCCCACAGAUAGCAUAGAAACUGUAAAAUUGCCAAACAUGAAAGAAAAUAGAACUUUAUGCUCUGGCAAUCUGGAGAACUAUUCUUCUGACUGUGUAGAAGCAGAUUCUGCUGUCAAACAGGAUUCCUCUAAAGUAGGUGCUAAAGAUGUCCCCUAUGGGGAUUCUGGAAGGAAAACCUCCUUCAGAGUUGAAGGGGACAUUCCAAGGAACGAGAGUUCAGACAGUGCUCUUGGAGCUAGUGAUGAAGAAGGCGAUUGUUGUAUCCCUGAUGAAGUGCAUCAUGAUAACAUCAGCAAACGGCUUGAAGAAUUUGCAGAAGUGGAACUUCCUUUGCCAAGGUCAAAUACCAUCAGCAGUCAAUGUGUGAAAAACUUUGGAAGAUCACUUCUGGGUGGUUACUGUCAUACAUACAUACCUGAUCUAGUGCUGCAUGGAAUAAAUAAUGAUGAAAAACUCAAGCAGUGUCUACUAGCAGAUCUACUUCAUGCAAUGCACCAUCCAGUGCUAGAUGAGCCCAUAGCAGAAGCUGUCUGCAUUAUUGCAGACACAGAUAAAUGGAAUGUACAAGUAGCUACAAGCCAGAGGAAGAUGAUGGACAGUGUGAAGUUAGGCAAGGAUGUUCUGGUUUCGAGUCAAGUAUCCAGUCUGUUGCAGUCUAUUUUACAGCUUUACAAACUGAAUGUCCCAGCUGACUUUUGUAUAAUGCAUCUUGAGGACAGACUGCAAGAGAUGUAUCUCAAAAGCAAAAUGCUUUCAGAAUAUCUGAGAGGACAUACAAGAGUGCAUGUAAAAGAACUAGGAAUUGUAUUGGGGAUUGAAUCCAAUGACUUGCCUUUGUUGGCUGCUAUAGCAAGUACUCAUUCCCCAUAUGUUGCUCAAAUACUCUUAUAAAUUAAAUUCUCAGGAUAGUCAUUCCCUUAAAGUACAGUUAUGAAAAUGGGAAUGUUGAAUGAAGAACAGAGGUGCCAAACACUGGUAAAGGGGAGCACUGACGAAAGCAGGUGAUGACUGUACAUUCUGCCACCUUCCGAUCCUGACUUCAGCUGGAUGUUUUAUCGGAGGACUUCAGUUUACAUAACACAAAAGGCAUUCAGGUUUUUCUUACAAUCUCACUUCUGACUUAAAUCAAGAGACUGCAUCCUUGCAUUUUAUUUUUAUUCAAAGGACAAAAGUUAACACUAUGUGGCAGACCGGGUGCUGCCAUCCAAAACGCUGCUCAAAACCAUGAAGUACCAGUUAAAAGAACAAGUGGGUUAGAAUGGAUUUUGUAAUACUAUGCUUGUGAGUGUGGUGUGGUGUAUGUCUCUUUGCUGGGGAGGAGGAGGAGGAGUAGCUGUUAACUCUGUAUAUAGCAUUCCUAUACAAAAGUGUAUUUGGUGGGACAUGAUUUUCUUGCAGAACAUACGUGUGGUUUUGUAUAGUAGAAGUGAUGGGCUCAGAACAAGGAACUUGGAUUCAGCAGCCAGAUGUCAUGUGGGAAUGGAGGUGUGCGUGAGGUUGAUGUGACUUUUCCAUUUAAGGACAAGAGGUUGAGAGCUGUGGCUGCUUCUGUUUUAAUGAGGGGGCAUUCUAAUGGGCCCAUGGCUGGAAGUGGAAUGGAGUGGACUUCCGAGAGAGGGAUUUUGUGGGAAAGCCUUAUGGAACUUCUGCUACAAGUUUACAUUUGUUGCUGAUGCAACUUCAGUAACUGUUGAUUUGCUGUAUGACUGUGGUCCUGGGAACUAAACUUGUCUUGGUGUCAUCAAGUAUUGCUGUCUCCAAGGAGUAUGAAUUUGGAAAACUUGUGAACGAUGCCAGUGCUAUGAGCAUGUGUCCGUGUGCGCAUACACCAAACAAUUGGCACAAACUGAAGACAAUCGUAUUGGGGAAAUACAAGAUAUCAAACAACCCCCACCAAACCUUUAGUCAAAAGUAUUACUUUUUUCCAGCUAUGAGUUGUCACUCUGAGUAGGAAUAGAACAGGAACGUUGUUUGAAGUAAAAUGAAAUGUGGGGGCAAACCCCAAUAUUUGAUAUUACUCUGAAUGUUUGCAAUUACCCUUUUUGAUUCUACAGAAAUCUUGAACUAUCAUCCAGGUGCCUUUCCUUACUAGAUUAUCUACUCUGACACCAGAAACUACUUCUCCACUAGUUGAUACUGGCCUUUGGUGUUUCUAGAAAGCAAAAUAAAAUUUUGUACUUCACUGUUUUCACGUGGUUGAUUAAAAUGAAUGUAAAAAAUACCUUUUUUUGCAUAAAGCACUGUUAAGCUGGAUAUGAAACUAUGGACCAGACUGAGGAGAGAACAAAGAAUCAAAACAUGCUCAAAUGGAAAACUCAAUGUUGGACUGUUCUGUUGUGAGCCACUGUGAAUACAGUGUCUGAAACGGUCAUCUUGCAAGCAAAUUUCUGGCAACACAAUUGCUUGAAAAUAGUGAAUUCUAAAAAGAAACUCCUGGUCACCAGUUGUGAGUUCUCCUUGUUGGUGGUUACAGAUUUUUAACACUGAAGGGACACACUUUUAUUAAAAGUGGUUUUCUUUCCUACUACCUUGAUGUUUGGACUUUUCUACAGUAAACUUUCAAUUAU